GGAUCUUAUCGGAGGUCUCUCUUUCUCUCACACACACUGAAAAGGCCACCGGCCGGGCCCCAAAAGAGAAGCCAAGAGAAGACGAGGAAGAGCAAACUAAGCUUAAUUGGUAACAGCAAAGAGAGCCAAGAAGUCGGAGCUAGCUGCUGCAUCUUUGAUUCUUGGUCAUGGCCGGGGACGGUGUAGGCGCCGGCGACGCUUGGCCCUUGUCCGCCGACGCGUACGCCGACUCCUCGGCAAUAUUCUCGGAGCUCGGAUACUGGGUCGCCGGGCUCGACGGCUUCGGCGGGGAGCUGCCGCCGCUGGAUCCGCCGGAGGCUACACCGCCGCCGGCCUCGGAGGCGGUGGAGACGCCUACCGGGUCUGUGUCGGUUGACGGUGGCGCGUCAUCGAGCUCCACCGACGAAGGCGCAGCGCAGGAGGACGCCGACGUGAAGCCAGCCACCGCGACGGAGGCAGCGAGCAGGCCUCCGCCGGGGAAGAAGGGGCUGAAGCGUGCGCGGCAGCCGCGGUUCGCGUUCAUGACCAAGAGCGACAUCGACCACCUCGAGGACGGAUACCGCUGGAGGAAGUAUGGCCAGAAGGCCGUCAAGAACAGCCCCUUCCCAAGGAGUUACUAUCGGUGCACCAACAGCAAGUGCACGGUGAAGAAGCGCGUGGAGCGCUCCUCCGACGACCCCUCCGUCGUCAUCACCACCUACGAGGGCCAGCACUGCCACCACAUCGUAACCUUCCCGCGCGCCCACCUCCACGCCGGCGCCGCCCUCGCUGGACACAUGGCCUUCUCCGCGCACCACCUCUACAGCAACGACGACGACCACCUACCGGCGUUGCAGCUCCCCCUGGCUCAGAACGCUCUCGCCUGCAGGCCGGCGAUGUCACCGUCAUCGUUGCUGCGGCCGUUGCACCGCAACAAGGAGCUCCAGGAGGCAAGCGCGUACCCGCUGUCGAUGGCUUCCGUGUCGACGCAGUCAUCGGCGAUGACGGCGGUAUCGUCGCCACCGGCUAGUGUUCCGAUUGUCGACGAGGGGCUUCUUGACGACAUGGUGCCGCCGGCAAUGAGGCAUGGAUAGAUGAUGCACCAGUUAAUAAUUCUCGGUUAGUACUGCAAUUAAGUAUGUCAGUUAAUACUAGUAGUUACGUAUUUUCAUCGAUCGAUGGAUCAUAUCUGUUGUUGCUUCUGAUUGGGCAGAGAGAAGAAUUGAUAUAUACACAUAUAUAGGGUUGAUAUAUAUUAAGCAUGCCAAUAGCAGGCAGCCUAGGAAAAAAUAUUGGUUACACAAGGUUAUCGUUCUAAACUCUACUGAUUAAUUAAUUAAUGCAGUUAAUCAUGGAAUUAAUAUCAUUACGCAGUAUAGUUCAGAAAUUUUUUUGUCCUUCAUGUUUCAUGCAAAUUCUGAUUUGUGAAAGUGUAAUCAUAGUUUUGCACUGUGAUGUUGUGCAAGCAAGAUUAAAUUUUCCAUGGUUAAUU